AUGGAUGCUCUGAUUGAGAAGGCAGAGAAGGACUCGGCCGAAGACCUGCUUUACCUGUACGAUGGCCCGCCCAUUUCGAUUCCAUACGGCGUGAAAAUGGUCUGCUUCACGAGCCUAAACGAGAGGUGGUUUGAUACGAUCGAAAAGAGCGACGAUUGUCCGCUGCUGAUCAUGCCCCCAUGGGACCUGGAAGAGCUGGUUAUCGCUUGCGGAGCCCUCAACCUCACUACGUUUGUAGCAGUUCCAGACGAAGGGGAGGAGGACGUGGCCUUUGCUGACAACACAGGAAAUGCCGAUAUGGUAGUGGAUCAUGUUGAAGAGCGAUUCAAAAUAUUUGGCGGUGCUGCUCGUGAAUGCCUGUCAAUCGAUCCAACCUUUAUCGAGAAACGGCAGGAACAUAUCAAGAAGACGAUCAUGGGUCUUGAGGACAUCGACUUCAUGAAGAGGGUCCUCAAUCAAUCCAACUCGAUGCUCCACUGCAUCUGCCACUUCGUGCCGAAUCCAGCGAACCCAUUGCUCGAGUACUCUGUCGCGGAGCCGACUACAUUCGAGAAGCGGUUGCUGGCAGAAUGCCUGAACAAGCUCAACACUGCAAAGAGAAACGAGAUUUUGGACUGCUUGCGGCACAAUAUUUCUGCUGCGCCGUUCCGCGGCGCGUUGUUUGGGCAAGGCUCGGAAAUAAAGUAA